GAGGCAUGCUCAAUGAUCAGCAAAUAUACGAAUGGCCGAGGAAGAAACAUUCACCCCAAGAGCCAAUUGACGGAGAAAUACUCCAGGAAGAUGUAGAACUUGGAAAGGAAUUGGAACCGGCUACGGAAGUUGUAAAAGAGAUAAACAUCGAAACCAAUGCAGAACUGAAUGUGGCAGUGGUUCGAAAAAGAGGCAACACAGGCGCAAAGAAACGACAUCAUACUAGGACAUCGGCCCGAAGAUGCUUUAAGAAUCGGGACGAAGGUUCAUCACAGCUUCGAUGUAGGAAAUGCAAAUUUGUAGCAGCUAGUUCCGAAUCCUUCCAGUUACACACGGAGAAUCAUCAGAAACUGCCAAAACCUGUACUCUGCAAACGCUGUAAUCUUAAGUUCGACAGCCAAAAGGAGCUCAAAAGCCACAAGCACUCCGAGCAUCGGGAUUACAUAUGUGACUCGUGCGGUAUGUCGUUUGCGGUCAAGUUUUCCCUUGACGAGCACCGCAAGCGACACGAGCCGGUUCGUCCGUACAAGUGUGAGUACUGUCCGCUCGAGUAUUACACGAAGGCAGAAAAACAUUUUCACGUCAGACAGGUGCACCUGAAAACGUACGAAGUGAAGUGCAAGGAAUGUGGGCUGCGGUUCAAACACAAUGCCGAGCUCAAGCAACACAGCAAAAGUCACACGAACCAGCGUUGGUACGAGUGCGCCCAAUGCGGAUCCUCUUUCAAAUCGCACACCCAUCUUAACAGACACGUUAAAGGCGUCCAUGAGUUACAACGGCACCAGUGUGAGCACUGUAGUAUGUCGUACUGCCGCAGAGACAAGCUACGGAUGCACAUCGAGAAGAAACAUAAUAUCCAAAUGUACUUUGUUUGCGAUAUUUGCCUGCAAUCUUAUAAUACAUCGAAGCAAUUGAACGAGCACAAAAACCAUCAUCAAAACCCCAAAGACCAACAAUGUGGGUUGUGCCUUGGAGCGUUUUUAACGACCAAGGAAUUCAGCGAUCAUCUUUGCAUCACCUACCGAGAAAAUUACAUCUGCUGCACUCGUGACUUCAAGUACCAUUAUUUCUACAACAAGCACAUGUUUUUGGUUCACGGACAGCACACGAAUGUACGCGUUAAACCGGCGGAAGGAAUGCUUACGGGACAGUUUCGGGCAUUGCGUUCACAAGAAAAAUGGUGCCCGAUAUGUGAACAGUUGAUCCCGGCUUGGUGCACCAAGAAGCAACAUAUAGCCAAAUGCGGUACGACGGUACACAAAACUGAGUACGUCGAAAACGCGUCGCUGGAAACCACCAGAAAAACGAACGACAACACGCUAGAAAUAUCAAUAAUUGGCCCACGAGCGAAUAACAAUUGACUUUUUGACUGGUUCAAAAUAAUGUCAAACAUCACGUACGUUAUUAAUAAUUCGUUAAAAUUUUAAGCUUGAUACGUGAUAACAAGAGCAACGGUGAAUCGAACGAGUGUUUCAAGCGCAACGGUGACCGAUGGCGUUCUUUUCAAAGGCAACAGGCAAAAGGCAACUGAACAUUCUGGCCACUUCUAACACAUCGUUGGAGAUGUAACCCAUGUUAAUUUUUUGAUCAGAUUCAAUAAUUAGGACACGCACACUACUAUAAAACAUUUAAACAUUCAAUGUAUUUGUAAUCAGUUGGGUUUUGAAGAACAGCAACCUUUCCGC